GUCUUUUGUCUUCUUCCUACUUUUUCUUGUCAUUUCUGAUUGAAUUAGCUCUGCUCAUUUUUCCCCAGUGAUUUUGUAGGUGAUCUGUUGAGUGGCCUAUAAAUGUUCCCUAUUUUUUUGCUCAAUCUUUUGGUUUUGAUAUUAGAAUUGAUAUGUGUUUUUUUUUUUUUCUGUUCUAAUUUUCAGGCCAAGAUGAUCAAUUCCACGAAAGCAAUGUGCUCGGUUCCAGCAACAAGGAAGCAUUCAGUUUUGGGCCUACGACACUCUGCCGGACAAAAAGUUGUCGGUGUUCAUCCUUGAUAGGCUCCAGAAGUGCGCAACUCUGGUGUCUCUUUUUAGCCGGUGUGAUGUUUUCCUCUGAACAUUUGUUUUCAUUGUAAUCUUGCUUGAUCUCCGGGUAAGAGAUCUACGGUGUCUUUUCCGAGCCCGUCGAUCCAAAAGAGCUAGCUUCCAGACUCUCAUGAAGUCAUAGAGCAUCCGAUGGAUUUCCGAACCGUGCCGAACAAGCUGUAUAGCUGAGCAUACACUAACCUGGAACAGUUUGAGGCGCAAGUACAUCGUUUGGUGGUGGUGCAGAUGCUGGUACGAUUCUUCAUCAACACAUGGGAAUACAAUCGACUGUUCUCUGCGGAUCAAGCCAAUGUCAAAUGAGCAAAGAAGACAAGAAGUGUAACUCUCGAGUCUACAGACAAAUGUGAGAAGAUGACGGAAUUCGUGCCUUAUCACCACAAGCCUUUUGGCGUCGCGUAUCGAACUCCCUCUUCGGCAUGGUUCCCUGCGGCCACCUGGUCGCUGAUGUUAUGACAGAACAAAAGUAGCGCACGGCACGGUUCAUGUGAUGCGUAGGACCGUAUCAUACAACAGUGGUUUUCUCACUUGGAAGGAUAUAGGUGAGUCGACAGAGAUCAAUUGGUCAAAGAAGACGUUGGAAUUCAGGUGCGUGUCAGCUGUGAUCACCCAGAUGGUGUUCGAUGAGGAAUUCAGGACACUCGACUGAACAGGGAGUAGCAAGUCAACUUCACCCGGUCAAAGGUUGAGAAGCUUAUCCCAACCUUUUCCACUUGUUCAAGACUCGGGACACUCUCGGAGAGCGUGUCCGAUGAACGACUCACAUCCAGAGGUCGCUCUCUGCCUCGCCAAGCUCAGCUCAGGCCAGUCUUCUGAGAUCUAUCGGCGAACUCUGGUUUCGCUCUCUUCAGCAGCUCCGUGGAGGAAGCAGAUGAUGGUAAGUCAGCCGGUGCAUCGUGAUCUAUCACAUACAGUCUGAGAAGCAGGACGCCGAACAACCCCCACUGCAAAUUGCAACUUGGAUAUGUAUUUUAUUCCAUUCAGCUUUCUUUUCCGAAAGGUAUUCUGUGAGAGAGAGAGAGAGAGAGAGAGAGAGAGAUAACAACAUGCAGGUUGUCCGCGGCUGGUUCUCGCCUUCAUGCACACCUUGCGCCCUCGCGUGUCAGUUGUCACGUUCUCGUUGCAUGCCAACAGAGUUAAAGCAGCACUCAAGGAAUGGAAGCACAGACAAGAGUUCAUGUUCCACUGGUAGCCGCUGUAACAUCAUGCACUCCCCAGCCUUUCCCUCCUCCUCCUCCUCUCGUCCUCUAUCUGCUCUCUUUGUAUUCCGAAGCAUCCUCAACCAAGAGCUAAUCAGAAGCCUGCAUGGGUACCAAAUCUCGGAAGAGGAGGAGGAGUGGGUGGAGAGGGAGUUCCUUUUCUCCCCCUCCUCCUGCAUCGAAAUGCGUGAUCCCAUCCCUGGGCCCAUCAUGGUGGCGUCGACGGCAGGUGAUGGUGGCAAUGGAUUCCGGUACAGGUUCAAGGAGGGGCAGAGUGUGGGGCUCUGGCGCUGUAUACUUGCAUUUGACUCUACCGUGGCCUUCUCCGCUUCUUCUUCUCCGAUUCCUCCACUCCUCUGUCUUUCCAGAAAUCCCAGGUUGAAGAAUAUACCUACUUUGUUAGGUGAUCUCCAGGAGGCAUUCCAGUUGAGGUGUGAAAUGGAAACUAAAAAUACCAUCAGUUUGGCUUCAAAGGGGAUUCAGGUAUGUGAAGGAAAAGAGCCCCAUGAUACAGCAGAAUAUGCAGAUACUGGUUAUGAAGAUGGGUCCUCAGAUUCAUGUUCCACUAUCAGACAUGUAAAGUUGAGGAAUCAGAAAAAUCACAGAACCUUACAAGAACUUGCAAUCUCCAUGAAGAAGAAGAAGAGGGCUGCAACAGAGCAUGUAGCUAAUAUUGCUUUAACCGACCUUGUUAAAUACUUCGAUCUUCCAAUUACUGAAGCUUCGAAAUAUCUGAGGGUUGGACUUACUGUUCUGAAGAGAAAAUGUAGAGAAUUUGGCAUUCCUCGUUGGCCACAUCGGAAAAUCAAGUCUCUCGACAAUCUGAUACAAAAUCUCCAGGAGGAGGUUCAUCGACAGGAGAAGGAGAACAAAUCAGCUGCCAUGAAAGCAGUCAUUAAGAGGCAAAGAAUGCUGGAAGGUGAAAAGGAGUGCAUAGAGAAGAAUCCUUUCAUGGAGUUGCAGAUAGAAACCAAGAGGUUCAGGCAAGAUGUCUUCAAGAGAAGACACAGGGCAAAAGCUCUUGUUAGCAAGCAAGAUUUUAGCACAUCUCCAAUGAAGGCAUGCACUUGAUCCUGGAUUUCUUCUCUCAUCCUCAGGGUAUGGUUCUCAAAGGAUGCAGUAUCCUCACUUUUUGGUUGUGUUAUUAAUGGCAACAUAGAACAGUGAUGAUGAUUUAUUUGUUGUAGUAUCAUGUCACUGCAUAUGGUUAUGCUGAUGGUUAGUAACAUUUGUGCAA